GCAUGCUGAUACUAUUAUUAGCAUCUUAAGAACAGAGUCUGUGCCCUGUUCUGGUCUCUGUCUCGCUGUCUCUCUCCCGUCUUCCCCAGACUCCUCACAGCUGGUAUCGGGGCCAGAGCCAGACUCCGUGUGCACCCAUAAUGUGGUAUGCAGGAUGUGGGUGCAGAAAGGUGCCUAUCCUGCUAGCUGUCUCUUAAAAUUUCUAUUUUUUUUAAUUUUUUUUUUUUGGAUCAUAUAAGGGUUAACCAUAAACAAGUACUACAUAUUCCUUACACACUCUGACAGUCUCAUCUUGCUCUUAAAACUGCAUUCCCCAACUUAAGGCAUGCACAUAGUGCUACAGAAUCCCAUAGAUUUGUGUCCAUGCAUGAAUCUAUACUAUAGCCGGGCACAUGAAGUUUUGUCUGAGGAGACGGAGCAAAAACAGACAGUAAAGGAGUGAGGCGGUGAAAUGCGCAGAGAGAGAAUAAGAGGGCUCAUCUGUUGUAAGGCAGUAAUUAGAGGGAAGAACAGCGAGGGAAUGAUAGCUUAGUAACACUAGUUGUAAUCUUCUCAUGAAUGGAACACCUUCCACUUGUCUGUGUUCAUUUACACUAGCACAUUUUAUACUUAAGUGUUGUCGCUUCAGCUCUUUAUUGAUAAUUUAAUUAGAAUUUAUAUCAUACAUGUGCUUUAAAAAAAAUCUCAAAUAAGAAAUGCAAAGAAACCUCCAGAUGUUUUUUACAGAUCUCCUUUUGGCUUUUAAGCAGGCUUUGUUUGAUUGGCUCACUGGUUCUUCAGCUUUUACAGCAUGUCUGAACUCGCCUGACUGCUGCCAGCCUAUCAUAAAUUGACUCAGUUGAAGUUCAGAAUGAACAGGAGGAAUGUUGCACGGCAUGCAAGACAAUUAAAGUGAACGAAGGUUUUAAUGGUUAUUUUAACACCGAAAUAAACGAUUUUUACCUACACUUGCGAGGCUUUUCAUCCACAAUUUUCAAUGUCGGCAGAUGAGUUUGAGCAUUUAAAAUGCAUAUAUUGGUUUUAGUUAUAUUUGCACCAACUUAUUUUGUGAAAGUCGACAACUUUAAGCAUACAUAUGCAGUAUCACUGUUGUAAACCCAGAAACGGUCAUGCUUGUGUAAAUCCGUUGUGUUACAGCGGGUAUAUAAAGUCUAGCGACACCUUUUUAUUGUGUUUGUCGUUUACCUGCGGACCACCUGUUGCUACAUUGUAACUGCAAUUCUGGGGAAAGGCUGAACCACGUCCACAUGGGCAGACACUGACGUCACCACACCCCACCCCUUUUGCACGUUCUUCCCCUCUGUGAUUGGACGAGAGCAAUAGAGGAGGAGCGCCUUUCUGUAAAGUGUGCUCGCAAAAUUUUUUUCUCUACCCUACAGUGAGUCACAGCUUCUCAUAAGUCCCAACGUAGUGUUUUUACAGGCAGACGACAGCUUACCAGUAUUAAGGAGAGACUCUGACAUCUCUCUUCAUGUUUUAAGCUAUGGUCAGAGACUCUUACUCCUUUUCUGGAGAUAAGAAGGUCAUGCACCCUCAGAAAAACUCUAAAACCGGACUAAGUUGCAAAAUGGUGCUCCAGGCAGUUGGAAAAGUACUAAGGAAGUCCAAAACGAAGCCAAAUGGAAAGAAGCCACCAGCAGAAGAGAAGAAACAGUACUUGGAACCAGAGUUCACGAAAGUCCGCGUGGUGGACUUCGACCUUAAGGAGUUGGUGGUGCUGCCCAGAGAGAUAGAUCUCAACGAAUGGCUAGCCAGCAACACAACAACAUUCUUCAAUCUUAUCAACCUUCAGUACAGCACUAUCUCAGAGUUCUGCACUGGGGAGAUCUGUCAAGCCAUGACGGCCUGCAACACCCAGUUCAUAACACUGCCAAAAGCUCAGUCAUUUAGUUAUUAUUGUUUUUGUCUUUUUCUCGCUUCAGGCAAAGAGUUCCCCAACUCCUUUGAGUCCUUGGUAAAGAAGAUCUGCCGGUACCUGUUCCACGUGCUGGCUCACCUCUACUGGGCGCACUUUAAAGAGACGGUAGCUCUGGAACUGCAGGGCCACUUGAACACUCUGUAUGCACAUUUCAUCGUUUUCGUAAGGGAAUUCAACCUGGUCGACCCCAAGGAGACCUGUAUCAUGGACGACCUGUCCGAAAUCCUCUGCACCCCUGCCCCGCUGCCAGCACUAACCCCGGCCCCCUCCGCCACAGCACCCUCCCCUUCUUCACAAAACCACGUGACGGAGAGAUGAGCGGGGGGGCGGUGGUGAAACGGCAGCCGCGGGGGUGUUAGAAGAUCAGAUGGAGAAGGACGGACAGCCAGGCCCUGGUGCAAGCAGGACUUAAGAGACCUUCCACUACCCUUAUAUUCCGCUACAACUCCAACCAACCAGCCGGAAGGAGAGGGGGGGGAGGGGGGAUUUUUCAAGGGGGAGGGUUGGGGUGGUGGGUAGGGGAGGGGUUUGUCACGCCAGCAGGAAUUGGCGUGAGCGUUCCUCCAAGGGACAAAUUCCUCCCACCUUCUCUGCAAUUUAAACUAGGAACAAAAAGUAUGUGUUUUAUUUUUUUGGUUUUUAUUUUCUUUUAUUUUUUGUUGACUUUUUUAUUUUUGGUUUGAGAGGGAGGUGCAGUGUGUUUGUCAGCACUUCACCUCCCUCUGUCCUCUGCCUAACAUACAGUACAGGAAGGGGGGCUCUGCUUUGCUUCGACCUACUAUUGUACAGUGUUGUUGAUGUGUGGAGAAGAGGCGUCUCUGCUGACUUGUGGGCUUGUCCUUCCCCCCCCCUUCGGCAGUGGGAGGCGGCCGACAGGCGCACGGCCACUACCCUGGCCAGUAGGGAGCCAUGUUACUGCCUGACAGGGGCGAUACUAGCCAAUCACUGUUUUGGGUUGUUUAUGUGGGGGAUGAUUAAAGCGCUUCCUACUCAGGACCUGAGAGAAUACGUCACUGCUGCCAGAGAGACUCUACUCGUUUUCAUUCUCUAUCCCUUGUUCACCAGACUGCUCAGACAGAUGUCGAUUGUGUUUAACUACAAUAUAGUCAAAUAAUCACCAGGGGAACCCCUUAACAAAAAUAUCCCAGAGCUUACCUUUAGAGGGCAGCAAAGAUGUGGAAGAUGCCACAGAAACAGGGAGACGGAGAAGAGAAUAUAAAGAUUGUAUGAGAGAUAUUUAAUCCUAUCAGAGAAUCGAGACUUUGAGACAGAUUGGUGCCUGUAUAAGGUGAAUCAGAGCUGUUUGCUGGUGUCUCACACAGCAGCAGCCCCUUAACCCACCAAACACCAUCUCCACCCACUCACUCCAGCAGCACAGAAGGACAAAGACAUGAGGUAAUGUCUGCAGGCGCAGAGAGGGGGAGAGAGGGAUGGAGUGAGAGGUGAGGGCAAUGGUGUGACGCUGCUCUGCUGUUUAAACCAGUAAUUCCAGUGCAAAAUAAAAAUCUAUUUUAUUUUUACCAGUCCCUUUAAAUUUGCUUUUUUAUAUAUAUAUCAGAGGAAAAAUUACUUUGGAAAUGAUGACAGUAUCAUUACACAUGUAUAGAAAAUGCACAGUCUGCUUGGACUUUACUGUACAAAGAAUCACAAGCGGGUUCUGUCAGAAAUAGCCUCUGUAUGGAGGAGGAUUCAAUUUAUAAUUCUCCUUUUUUAUUUAUUUUAACUUUUUUUGCAGGGUUCCUCAGUUCUGGCUCUUGUUUUUAUGUAUUUUAAUUAUUAACUAAGUUAAAAGCAAUUUAAUAUUUUAAGCUCUGCGGAUUAUAAUCUAAUAAAAGAGAGAAAUGCCA